AUGCCAGCACCUACUGGCAAACGAGUACCGUCAGAGAUACUCGACGAGAAUGCCCCAACACAUACUCCCAUCCCUGCCGUUGAGCUGGACGACGACGACAUUGUGACAGACUCCGACUCAGAGCUUGCAACCCCUGGCUUGACUGGCACCAAAAGACGUAAGAAUCUUGACUUGACGUUUACGCCUCGUCGCGCGAAACGACUGAAGACGUUUGGUCGGGAUCUCUGCAACGAGGCAGGUAUCUCUGAAAAGGCUCUCGAUUCUUUCACCUCCCUCCCUAGCCUCGACUUCAUGAUGGUCGCAAUGUACGCGCGUUUCGAGAAGGUGGACGCUGCGUUGCAAAACAACGGCAACAUGAAGCUGAGACAGCUACUGGAGGAUGCGAACCUUCGGAAAGACCUCAAUAACAAUAUCUUGCUCUGUCUCUUAUCACCGUACUUACCAGCGUAUGUCACUGGAACCUUGGAUCACUUCACGAAAUUUGUUUGCGACAACGAGAGUAUCUUCAAGAUUCCCAAGGAGAUGUUCGACGAUUAUGGGCUAAGGGCAACACUCUCGAGGGCCAUCGGGAAGUUCCUGGACACUCACCGCUAUAAUAUGAAGGAAAAGUUGACUGCAAGCUGUGUCAACACCACCAAUAUCCUCACGUUGUCCAAGAACGUUGCUGAUAAGAUUGAAAUUAACAUGGAGUAUCUCACCCGAAUCGCAUUCUUGCGUUUUUGCUUCCGUCUCCACAGCAUCCUUUGCAAGGAUGUCAUUGUCGAAUCCAAUCCUAGUUUCUAUUGCCCCCUCUUCGACAGGUACAUUCCUGAUGUCACCUGGAACUGGCUUCGCGGCUGCGUCAAGGGACUCCCGGAGCGUGUAGUUGAAGUUGAACACGUGUCUGAGACCGCCAGUCCGAGUAGCAACGCGGAUGGACCUACCGAAGACCAAGAGGAUGGCCAGGAGUCUCCGGAUCGUCCCGACUUCUCCUAUCUCGAGGAAGAGCAAGGAGAUAGCUCAACUAUCGCUCAGAACAAGAAGGGAAGUUCUAAUGAGGACACGGCUGUCGGGCCUCUUAGCGCUCUUUUAACGGCGGGGAAGUUUUGGAACUUCGUCGACUGGAUGCUGACCACGUUCCGAAACGAGGCUCACGAACGUUCCAAAGGCUCUCAGAUUGCCUUCAAUAAUGAUGUCAAACACAUCCUUACGAAUAUAUUUACGCAAGAUCUGGUUGAUUAUUCAAACUCCAGUCUUCCGUACGGUAUCAGCAAGGAGCCGCUCCCGCCGAAGCAACUUUUGAUCAACGAGAAGCUCAUCUGGUAG